GUCAAACGAUGGCAUCGAACAGGAGGAAGACUGGGGCGGUGGGAACUGUGGAAAAGCACUUUGCAAUGGCAAAAAGUUCUUGGAUUUCGGCAACGUCAUGGCCAUCUUCGAUAAUUGCAUAGGUUCGGCAGGAAAGUGGAAGAAUGAAGAUGACAAGGUCAUCAAGCCUGCACAGACCAGUGCAAGAUUCAUGCUGGAUGACGGCGACUACAUAUGCCGUGAGACCUGCAAAGUGCUGAUGCCCAAAGAUGAGGAUGGAGCAAGGAGAUGGGAACCCAAGACCGUCUACCGGGCGGGUGGCAUAGACAAUCCGCGUUGUGUAUAUGGCUACAUCUGGGUGCCUUGA